AUGUUUGUCGGUGUAUUCUACGGCCUUGCAUCCGUUUGUGGGCUCCUUUAUUUCUAUACAAGAUCUGCCACCGAAUCAAAUGAUGAUCCACAAUUCAAAAGUUUCCAAAGAACAUAUCUCAUUGUGUAUAUGAUGGCAGUUGCGGGAGAUUGGCUGCAAGGUCCUCAUGUCUACGCCCUCUAUGAAUCCUAUGGAAUGUCCAAACAUCAAAUCGAAAUCCUCUUCAUUGCUGGAUUGGAUCAAGUCUUCUUUUUGGAACUUUCAUCGGAUCCAUCGCCGAUAAAUUGUGGUGGUCGCCGUAACAAUUGUCUAAUGUAUGCCAUUCUUUAUGGUGGAGCUUGUAUCACCAAGCAUUUUGGAAACAUGCCAGUUUUGAUGAUUGGUCGAUUUUUGGGUGGUGUUGCCACCUCGAUUCUUUACUCGGCAUUCGAGUCGUGGCUUAUCUUUGAACACAAUACACGUGGGUUUUCCGACUCUCUUCUCGGAACUGUCUUCUCCAAUGCUGCUCUUGGAAACUCCCUCAUCGCCAUCAUCUCUGGAGUUGCUGCUCAAUUCGUUGCUGAACGUUUCGGAUUCGUCGCCCCAUUCGAUUUAGCUCUCUCUGUAUUGCUGAUCAUGGCUGUUAUCAUUAUGAACACGUGGCCAGAAAACUACGGAAAUGAAAAGGCACCAAUCAAGGAGUCAUUCGAGAAGGCCACUAGAGCUAUCAAAGAGGAUCCGAAUGUCUUCUGUCUUGGACUUGUUCAAUCUCUCUUCGAAGGAUCUAUGUACACCUUUGUUCUUGAAUGGACUCCAGCUCUUUCUCGUGCAGCUGGAGACGUCGGAAUUCCUCAUGGAUACAUUUUCGCUGCUUUUAUGGUUGCCACAAUGAUUGGUUCUUCGGUUUUCAAACUUCUCCAACAACACGAACGUCCCGAGAGCUUCAUGCGUUACGUACUUUUGCUAGCCGCUGUUUGCCUUUCCAUGCCAAUUGUUGCUCCAGACAACCUAGGGCUCGUGUUCGGAGGAUUUUUGGUUUUCGAGAUGUGCUGUGGAAUCUUCUGGCCAUCAAUGGGAUGUCUCCGUGGAACUUAUGUCUCUGAGGAGACCCGCUCUACCACAUUGAACUUAUUCAGAAUUCCACUGAACCUUAUUGUCAUCUUCAUCCUUUGGCAGAAUUUCUCCAUGAUCUCGAUUUUCAAGUUCUGCGUAUUCUUUCUCUUCGCAGCAUCUAUUGCUCAACACGCUCUUUUCAUAAGAACCGAACACACCCCACGCCAUCAGAAGUUGCCAAUCACCGUCGACGAAGACGAAAACCUGUGA